CUUUGAAAGCACUCACAUACCCAUUCAAUUACAUUUACAUUUACAUUUCCUGUACCUGCUCCAACGCAACCCGUAUUUUGGGAAAUAAUAAUAAUAAUAAUUGACUUUUUAAUAUAUUCCUUGGUCUCCAUCUAUUUUUGGUCUUUAUUAUUCCAUUGCGCCAGAGUUAUCUUACUGCACUCUCCCCCCACUUUUUACAUCCUCUCUUUCACAUACACAUUACCUUUUUAAUAUUACAAUGUCGUUUGACUCCAAAUCUAGCUCCUCAAAAACCGUUUGCGCAGCCUUAACGCUCGGCAAGCUCGGGAAUAUCACACACAAGGGCUGGCUCUACCGCUACAGCAGCAGCUCUUUCCUGAAGGGCUGGAAGCGCCGGUUCUUUGCAAUCUCCGACGAGCGUAUGUACGUGUUCAAGGAGAACUAUCACGACAGCCUCCACUACGAUGUUAUUGAUCUGACAACGUUCCGCCAAGUGCAGCAAAUCAGUACACCGCGCAAGACAAAGUACGGCUUCCUUCUGCGGUCACUCCGGAGACCCUCGGUUUUUGACGAGCCCACGGAGGAGAUGCCUGAAAGCUUUGAGGUGGAGCUAUAUGCCGAUACAGAGUAUGCCUUGAACGAGUGGAUGAGCGCUAUUUCCAAGGUCUUUGUGACUAUGGAUUUGCGCACUAUCCAGUCGACCCCCCUGUCGAGCUUUGAUGCUCUUGUACAUCGCGCUGGUCUUCUUCAGCCGCGGGUUGGCGGCUCUAUUUUAAAACGCAUGGACAAGCACCGGGCCACCACUGCCAUGGAUCACCUGCAGUCUUCGUCGACGCUAGUUUCUGGCUCACCGGAUGGCGUUGUCUUGACACAUUUAAGUGGGCUCGACGCCUAAAGUGCUCCCUUUGUAAGAAGAUAGGCGUAUCGGAUAUUUUUCCUUUGCCAGAAAAGUGCGUCUUGGCCUCAUUCUCUUUCUUUCUUUCUCCAACCCCCAUGUCCAUACAUUGGUCUUUUUUACGUUUCCUUUUUGGAGAGAUGACAGAGUGCGCAUGGAAAGUAUAUUUCAAAAAAAACUGAUCGGCAGGAGCCUUGUCUCCUGAUGAUUUUCAAUUAUCAACAUGUUUUAUUUUUUAUUCUCCAUGUCAUUUUUUAUUUUUAUUUUAUUUUGUUUUGUUUUGUUUUGUUUUGUUAGUUUUCGUUUUUUAGUUUUUUAUUUUUUAGCUCCGUUAUUAUUCUUUUCAUUUUUCGCGACC